AUGUGGUGGAAUCGGUCGGGCGCGGGGGGGCCUCGGGCGCCCCCGACCCCGAGAUGCGCGCGCGGCGGGCGGGACGGGGGGAGACCACCGCGGGGCGCGGGGAGGUGCGUCGUGUGGCGCGGGGUGGGGGCGUCUCGGCGCCCUCCUCCGCUCCCCACCGACGCCACCCCCCGCCCCACCCCCUCGGGUCGGUCGUCUCUCGUCCCUCGACCCGCCGGCGCGCGCGCCCGUUCGAACGACCGCCGGCGUGCGGACCCCUCGCAACCCCGCCGAGCGCGAGCGCGGUGGGGGUGGUCGGGGGCCGCGCGUGCGGGCGUCGCCGGAGGACGUGCUACCUGGUUGAUCCUGCCAGUAGUCAUAUGCUUGUCUCAAAGAUUAAGCCAUGCAUGUGUAAGUAUGAACUAA